CCCAAAAAUCACCGGUCACCGGUUGCAUCCCGCGCAACCCCCUCCACGUCUCGAUUCUCGCGAACCCUCGCUCGCCCUUCAAUUUCGCGUCGGACCUCCAUCGCAAUCCAUGGAGCUCCAGAAGGCCGAUGCAGCCGGCGGCGGCGGCGGCGGCGGCGAUUCCAAUUCUAGGGUUAUGUCGUCGUUCGUCAGGUCCGGCGACCGGCAGGUGUUCUCGGUGGAGCUCCGGCCCGGCGAGACCACGAUUGUGUCCUGGAAGAAGCUCGUCAAGGACGCCAAUAAGUCCGACAACGGAUCCUCUUCGUCGGCCGCGCCGGCCGAGGUCCCCGCGGCGGGCGCCGGCGCCGGCGCCGCUCCUUCCUCCGCCGCCCACGCGGCUCUCGAGCCUCGCGUCGUCCCGGGACAGCCAGUGGAACGCGAAACAAAAGAAGCUGCUCCGUUAAAUAGUUUCAGCGCUGUAAUUGAAAAGAUAGAGCGGCUUUACAUGGGUAAAGACAGCAGUGAUGAUGAAGAUUUAAAUGAUAUUCCUGACGAGGACCAAUAUGACACAGAGGAUUCUUUUAUUGAUGAUGCUGAAUUGGAUGAAUAUUUUGAAGUAGAAAAUGCAGAUAUAAAGUACGAUGGUUUCUUCGUCAAUAGAGGGAAGUUGGAAUGCAUAAACAAACCCACCGUACCACCUAAUCAGCAACCAAAGAAAAGGCGAAGAAGAGAUUUUGCUAAGAGUAAUGGAGAGAAAGGUGAUGGUUUUGUACCAAAUAAACAUGUUAAAGUGGACAAGCCUGGUCCUGUAAAAGCUGCUACAUUGGCUGGGAAGCAUUCUUCCAAUCCUUCCCAAAGUUUGGUCAGUGAGCCUAAUGAGAAUGUGAAAUCACAAAACCAGUAUUUAUCUGGAAGCAGUUCAAGGAAGAAAUCGGCUGACUCUAAGGUGAUAGUAGAUCCGGCUCCAUCAGCAAAAGUUGUGAAUGGUGAUACCUCAGCAUCUCUAACAGAUACCAAGGAUAUUGACAAGCACAAUAUGGGAAACCUCCAGUCUAAGAACCACAGUGGCAAGUUGAAAGACCCCAGCGGACCCUCAGAUGUUUUGCCUCAUAGACACCACGACAAAAGUGGAUUUUUGCAGCAAUCUGGAAGACAAUUGAAAAAUGUUGAUGACCUGGAAGCAUCAAAUAGGUCUAAGGAAAAGAGCAAUAUUCGUGAAGUGCCUGACUUGAAUAUGCCCGAUGGCAGACAUGCUAUUGAAAUUUCUAAACCUUCACAUUCACACAGGAAGGAUGGUUCCAGUUUUAGGCCAAAAAGCUCAAUGCUUGAGAAGGCCAUUAGGGAUUUGGAGAAGAUAGUUGCAGAAUCUAGGCCACCUGCUGCAGAGAAUCAGGAUGCCGAUAUUUCAUCCCAGGGGGUGAAGAGGAGAUUACCAACCGAAGUAAAGCUGAAGCUUGCUAAAGUUGCUAGGCUGGCGCAGUCAAGUCAUGGAAAAAUAUCCAAGGAGCUAAUAAAUCGCCUAAUGAGCAUUCUUGGCCAUUUGGUACAGCUUAGAACACUAAAGAGAAACUUGAAAGUCAUGGUCACUAUGGGUUUGUCAGCAAAGCAGGAUAAAGAGAAUAGGUUCCAGCAGAUUAAGAAGGAAGUUGCUGAUAUGGUUCGCAUGCGUAUUCCCUCUUUGGAAACUAAGGCUCUACAGCAUCAGUCUGGAGCAUCGGAUGAUUUUCAGGAAUCGGAAGAAAAAACAGUCCCUAAAAGACAAUAUGAUAUGGAUGCUGCAAUGGAGGACAAGAUUUGUGAUCUCUAUGACCUUUUUGUUGAUGGUCUUGAUGAGGACACCGGUCCGCAAGUCAGAAAAUUAUAUGCUGAGCUUGCAGAGUUGUGGCCAAAUGGUUUUAUGGACAAUCAUGGUAUUAAGCGUGCAAUUUGUAGGGCCAAAGAGAGGCGAAGGGCACUUUACAGCAGACACAAGGAGGAUCAAGAGAAAAUGAGGCGGAAAAAGAUGUUGGCACCUAAAAUAGAGGAGACAGUUCGAGUUGAGGGUCUUUCAGUUGCUCAGCCACAACAAUUGCCAGAGAGAUUGUCUAUUGAUUCAGGCAUUCAUGGUUCAACUUCUGCUAGCAGACCUAUUCACAGCCCAACAGCAGCAACUGCUAGGGUUCCCAGUCCUUCAGCAAAUGUCUCCUCAGAUAGAAUUAAGCAAGAGAAAACCAAGGUAACUUCAAGCAGCUUCUCGGAAGAUGCGAGACAGGGAGAGGCCAUAUUGCCUAAGAAAAAGGUUAAGAGAAAACCGGAGGUGGAUUUGAAUGAAAUGCCUUUCCAUUCAGAGAAGUUCGGAGAGGAAAGACUCGUAUCUACCAAACCCAAUCCCGCUCUUCCCCCUAAAAUAAACCUUCAACCAACUGCAGCACCGAGUUUUGAACAGUCGAGUUAAUGCUACAUAGCGAGAAUUAGAAAGCACACACCUUUAAGAUGUCCCUUGCAACAUAAGUUCAUUUCCUUUUGCUGAUCUUUUCAAUAGCUAUUUGAAUUCAUUUGACUGACUGGUCGUCACCGCCUUUGUAGUUAACUGGCAUUGUGGGAUGCCCUCAUAUCUCUAGCAGUGAUUUCUUCGGGGCAAGAGCUGUAAAUUCCUAUUUGACUGAAAAUUAGUUGCCUUGUUUUUUUGAGUUUA